AUGGGCAACGCAAAUCCCGCACUUGACGCAGAGCUCGAGGUGCACGAUGGCGAUCACACGGGCAAGGACGCACCGUUCUACCGGCGCGUUCUAUUCCAGGCGACCGUGGUGGGAAUCUGCGCAUUCCUCGCCCCGGGCCUCUGGAAUGCAAUGCAGUCGACUGGUGCAGGUGGACAACAGUCUCCGUACCUUGUCAUGGCCGCAAACGCGAUUCUCUACAGCAUCAUGGUCUUGACAUGCACGCUCGGCCCUCUUGUUGCAAAUCGGGUCGGUCUGAAAAAUGCAAUGAUCUUCGGGACGACUGGGUACGCUCUAUACGCCGCUGCACUGUACACGAACAAUCGGUUCGGCAAUGAGUGGUUUGUGUAUCUUGGAGCCACUGCGUGCGGGAUCACCGCGGGAGUGUUCUGGUCUGCGGAGGGUGCGAUCAUGAUUAGCUACCCGCCGGAGUCGCAACGGGGUCGGUAUUUGGCAUAUUGGUUGGCCUAUCGAAAUGGCGGCUCAAUUAUCGGUGGUAUUAUCAAUCUUGCAUUCAACUACUCGGGAAAGACAACAGGAAAGCUCGACUGGAGGACCUACCUUGUUUUCGUCGCUUUACAAUGUCUCGCACCCUUCGUUGGGUAUCUCCUGUCCCCACCAGACAAGGUAGCUCGAAGCGACGGGCAAAAGGUAAAGACGGCAGAAAAGGUCCGAACACUCCAGGAGCUGAAGGAGGUCCUCAAAAUCCUUAUUCGCAAGGACUUUCUCCUAAUGCUCCCCUUCUUCUUCUACGUAACGUUUCUCCUCUCCUACGCAGGCUCCUACCUCACCCUGUACUUCAGCGUCCGCGCCCGCGCCCUCGCAUCCCUAAUCUCCGCGCUCGGCCAAAUCACGGCCAAUUUCUUCUUCGGCACGCUUCUCGACUGGCAGCGGCUAACACUGAACCAGCGCGCUCGGUACUCGUACAUCUUCAUGAUGGCGCUCUUUGGCGGGACGUGGAUUUGGGGGACUGUUAUCCAGCACGAGUAUGGGCUAAAUCCGCCGAAGCUGGAUUGGGCGGAUAGCGGGUUUGGGAGGGGGUGGGCGUUUUAUAUUCUGAUGCAGGUGAAUUUUGCCCUUGCAUACAACUACGGCUACUGGCUCGCGGGAUAUGUCGCCAGGGGACCGGCGGAGAUUAUCCGACUAACGUCUACCGUUCGUGCCGUGGAAGCAGCGGGCGGAGCUGUUGCCGCGGGAAUCAGUUCUACCUCUGCACCACUCAUCGCGGCUCUGGGUGUGAAUUUCGGUCUGUGGGGCCUGGCGGUCAUUCCGACUUACUUUGUCGCGAGGAAGAUUGGACUGGCUCGAAAGGGAGAUGUCGAUGAGGGGAGUGAUAUCUCGACAUCAAAGAAUAAGGAAAAUGGGGUCUAA